UACCUCUAUCUAUAUCCAGCGUUCCAUCUCUGCCACUUCCCCGAAUCGAAACAACCAAGACACUGCACAACAUCCCCCACGGCUCCUUUCCGACUGUUAAUCUUCGCUGAUCCACAGCUAGAAGGUGACAGCUCCCUUCCAGAUCCAAACGAAUUCCGAUUCCCUCACCUGAGGACGGCCAAAUCAGAGUUGGGCAACAUUUUAUACGGCCUCGAUGUGGAUUACAAUGUAGUCUGGUCAGAGUCCCAGGCUUUCAUUCGUGACGACGUUCCAAAGACGAUUCAUGGAUAUCGGAAACAUAUUGACCUCUUUGGCAAUGACUAUUACCUAGCUCAUAUAUAUCGCACACUACAUUGGUGGACUGAACCGACUCAUACCACCGUGCUAGGGGAUCUAGUCGGAAGUCAAUGGGUUGGCGAUGAGGAAUUUCAGAAACGAAGCGAUCGAUACUGGAAUCGUGUCUUCCGUGGAGCGAAUCAAAUCAACAAAUCUUUGAUGCAAUCUUUCCACACGAUCUUCGACUUGAACAAUUCCAAUGGGGAGUUUGGAUCAUGGAACUGGAAUCGGCAACUCAUCAACAUUGUUGGUAACCACGAUGUGGGAUACUCGGGUGAUAUGGACAGUGAUCGCGUAACGAGGUACGAGGAACGAUUUGGACCGGUUAAUGGCAUGUUAUCGUUUGCCAUGCCAUGUCUCGACCCACAAUGCAAGUCAGAGCCAUAUGUCUUACGGCUUGUCGUGCUGAACUCAAUGAAUCUGGAUGGUCCUACACUCGACAACGACUUAGCAUCGGACACGCAAUCCUUCAUUGGUCAAGUGGAAACCGAACUGGGGAAACACAACGAUACCCGACAGGCGGUUGUUCUUUUGACACAUAUUCCACUCUACAAGCCGGAAGGGAUUUGUACAGACGGUCCUUUCUUCGACUAUUUCCCAUCCGACCAAGGUGGUGGCGUGAUGGAGCAGAAUCACUUGAGCAAAGAGCGCAGCCUUGACGUGUUGAAUCAAAUCUUCGAAUUUCACCAGGGUCACAAACGGGAUGGCAUUAUCCUGACCGGACACGAUCACACAGGAUGUGACACUUUCCACUCAUCGAAUGGAUCGGAUGACGACUUGUGGGAUGUCACUAUCCACGAGAAGGUCCACAACCCGCAGAAUAGCAUUCGGGAGAUCACUGUCCGUAGCAUGAUGGGGGAAUAUGGUGGCAAUGCAGGCCUACUCAGCGUUUGGACGGACUGUGAAGGCGUCUGGAAUUUUGGAUACAGUUCAUGCCCUCUUGGAGUACAACAUAUAUGGUGGGCUAUCCAUGGGUUCGUUUUGGUAUCGGUUUUGGCAUGCUUGAUC